UGGAUGGUCCCUAAGAAUAAGUCAGAAUAAAUUUGAAAGUAAUCAUCAUUAUUCAAAAAAACGUUUUGUCUGUCGGUGUAAUUGACCCCAAUCAUCUGCUUCGGUUCACCUCAUUAAUAGCUGGAAACGGUAACACAUGCUUUCAUACGUGCAAAAAUGCAUUCUCGUCUGGCACCUCCCGGUGAAAACGACUUUGUUCUCUUCAUAUAAAUGUUGCCCCUUGGAGCGAUGGAUCGACAGUCAGAUCGGUAACUCGUGCCUCAUUAAUAGGUCAGCUCAGAAGUCUCCGAUAAUGGCGUUCUCAACACUGCCACUAGCAGUUCUGAUCGUGUCUGCCGUGGUCAGUACCGUCAACUGCGGACUGCAGCUGCAAUUCAAAUCAAGUGUGGAUUCCAAUAGGGCGGGCCUGAUGAACGAUUUAGCGCUAACCGUUGCAAUUGAUGGGGACCACUUUCGAACAGAUGAGAAUUACGAACCAGCGGAGACCUCGGUUCGAUUUUGGUGCGGCAACAGGAACCACCGAGAAUUACGGCUUGUCCAAACGGACAGUUACGAUAUAAAAGAGAAGCUCGAUACCAAUAAGCCAGUGAUGUUCAUAAUUCACGGAUGGAUGGAUAACUACACGAGCCAUUGGGUUCAAGAUACGGUUAACGACGCGUUAUCAUUUUUGGAUGUGAACGUUUGCGCAGUUGAUUGGGCAAAUCUCGCACAUUAUGAGUACUCUGCAACUGUGGACCAUACGCCGAUCGUUUCCGACCAAGCUACUAAAUUUAUUAAAAUUAUGAUUGAGCUCGGCAUGCCACCAAGCACAAUAACUUUGGUAGGUCACGAUAUGGGGGCACAUAUUUGCGGUCAAAUUGGUCACAAUUGCAAUGGAGAUGUGGGACAAAUCUACGGACUGGAUCCGGCGGGACCAUUGUUCACGACACCUUCCGGUGGAUCUCUCGCGUUCCGACUGGACAAAUCCGAUGCCAAGUACGUACAGUUUAUUAUCACCGCCAAAGGUACAGCAGGUGUCUCGGUUGGUGAAGGUGAUGAAAACUUCUAUGUCAACGGGGGAUCGUCUCCGCAACCGAACUGUGGCUCAAUAACAAUCAACACUGGUGAUGCUGAGUUUGCUAAAAUCCUGCUCUGCAGUCACUAUCAUGCAUACACCUUGUUCCGGCUCUCGAUGAAUCCUCUGCUCGUGUAUCCCGCCCGUUUGUGUUCCAGUUGGACAGAUUACAACACGGGCCGGUGCCUAUUCAAUCGAAUGUCUCGGACCGGAAUCUACAGCGUUAAGCUUGGGGGUGAUUAUUAUCUGAGAACCACAGCACUCGCGCCGUUUAUUAUGUUUUGAAGAUUGAAAGCAGUCUAUUUGUUUUUACUUAUUUGUUGAUUUAUUGAGUACGAUAACCUGUUAGUUAACACUUUUAAUUAGGUCAAGGAAGAAGUCUAUUGUAAAAUAACAAAGAAAAAUAAAGAGUUUUUGUUUGCAAUUAAAAAAAUCCUUUUAAAUAAAAUACACACAUUUUUAUCAUAUGAAAGGGGGAGGGUGGGAAAAGGGUUGGACACUCUCCAUGAGAAUGUAACAAAAUGGUCGAAUUUUGCGAGCAUUUCAGGGCAUGAUUUUCUAGGUGUAUGAGCUCGAAUCCCAACGUAUUUUUUUAACCAAUUGUUUUGUUUUAAAAUGCCUUCGGUUCAAAUUAAAAAAAUAAUUUUGUUUGAAUUUAAUUCUUAUGAUUUCUAUAUUCAUAAUUUGAAUUGAAAAAUGGUGCAAGAAAACAAAAUUAUUCAUUUCGUAAAAUUGAGAAAUAUAUGAAAAACUUGGAUUGUUGUCUAAAAAUGUAUAAAAAGCCACUAAAUUUAAUGUAUUACAGUUUUGACUGUGUUUACUUCAAAUUGAAGUUUUUCUAUUUUCAGGUAGGUACUUGAUUAAAAAUGUUUUUUUUUAAUGAGAUCGCUGCAAAUAUUUUUAAACUAUUGAAAGAUGUCUAAAAGUUAGCCAAGAAAAAAUCAGGAAUCAAAAAUUUUGAAAAAUAUUUGAAUAAAGGUGCACAAAAUUGAUUUUGUUUGUAAAGAAUAUUCGAGUCUAACUAUGCACCUUCAAACAUUAAAAAUUAAAAUAAAUCAUAAACACAUUUUUGAAAGUGUUCUUUGUUUUCCAUUGUUAAAUCAAGAUACAGUCAUGCCUCGGUUUAGCACCGCCUAUUGGGGAUGCAAAACCGAGGCGUGCAUAACUGAGACAUUGAAAAUUUAUCCAAACAUUAAAAAUGUAUAGUGUUUUAGAAUCGGGAUAAUGUCCGCUAUCCAUGGCAACUAUAAUUACAUGAAAAUUUUCACAAAUAUGCGCAUUUUUCCUGUAUUUUUAAAAUACAUUUUUUCGCGGAAAUUUUUCUUAAGAUUAUUGUUUUUGCAAUGUGGGUAUCAAUCAAUCGAGAUUUUUCAUACAUGUUGAGAGUAAUAUUUUUUGAUUUGGAUAAUUUUCACAAAAAUACGUCUUAUCGAAAAAAUACUUAAAUUCUUAGUUUUCACAAUAUGUGUAUCAAAUGAUCAGGAUUUUUACAUACAUACAUACAUUUUUACAUUUUCAUGUUUCCGAAAAUACUAAAAAAAUUCAAAAAACUACGUAUUUCCGAAAUAUACUCAAAAUUUUAGUCAGUUCAGUUCAAAACUGAAAUUUUGAGUUUUUUUUUAAAUCGUACUGUUGUGGAAAUUG